AUGGUAUCAAAUGCUGUGGGUCUGAACACAUCGAGUAGAUUAAAACAUCAAUUGUUUCGAGACACUCUGAUUCAUGGAUACCCAAAGGACAUUCCGCCAUCGCCCUUAGAAGAUCCUUACUUGGUCACUGUGAACGUGUCCUUCUUUCUGCUUUAUUUCCAGGGUCUCGACGUCGCUAGUCAGGUCCUCACAGUCUUUGGAACUUUGACUUUCACGUGGUAUGACCCACUUCUUGUUUGGAACAGUUCAUCACACGAGAAUCCUACUUAUCUGAAAUUGAAGACAAAUGAAAUAUGGACGCCCACAGUAGUGUUUUCCAACAAUGCUGGCCCUCCACUAGACACUACCAAUGCCUUGAUAUAUGGCUUUGGAGAUGGUCACGUUUCCAUGACAAUCACUGACUUGUUCCACACUCAAUGCUUCGUCGAUGUCACACAUUAUCCUUUUGACAAGCAGAAGUGUGGCAUCUUCCUCAAUCCUUUGGUUGGUUACUCUUUCAACCAUACUCGUGUUGAAUCCAACCCUUUCACCAGCUUCUUGGGGAAGAGCGUCGAAUGGAAUGUAGAGAACGUUUCUUUGCGUGUAGAAAAGCUACCCAAGGUUAAUGGUGUUGAUGAGGUUGCCAAAAUUGUCUUCAGUCUGUCACGUGAGUACACGUUUUAUCUUCUGACUGUGAUCACACCCGUGUCUCUGUUGUCCGUGAUGAACGCCUGUGCCUUCCUUCUGCCUGUAGAGUCGGGAGAGAAGAUCUCCUACCUCAUCUCAAUCCUCGUCACGUACGCUGUGUUCCUUAACUUCGUCAUUGAAGUGUUGCCCAAGUCUGGAGUUCCGUCCCGCCUCGCCAUUUACCUGAUCCUGGUGUUCUGCCAAAGCUGUGCCGCCAUCUUGACUACACUUGGCCUCCUCAAUCUGUAUCAUGGAGCAGACGACAAACAGUUGUCCAGCACUGAGGCGACACCUGUCGAGAUGAACCCUCGUGAUGGACUUGAUCUCGAUAAACUAAGUGCAAAGGUGUCUCCGAUUGAAACUGAAGUCAGUGAGGCAAAAGUCCCGAAGACAAGAGGGAGGAAAUGGAUCAAAUCACUGGAGAGAAAACUAUUCUUGGUUUUCCUGGCAUUUGCCUUGUCGUCUUUCAUUAUUCUGUUUGUGUAA